UGAACAGUUCCUGCACUUCAACUCUUUUUUUCUCUGCAGACUUAUUUUAUCUGCUUUUUUUCACUACCCAUACAAAAAAGCUGCCGAUGCUAGUACCUCGGCGAUACUUGCGGCGCGGCACAGUGCUCCUGGGCACACUGAUGCUGUGGAUUCUGGUGCUCUCCAACACGCAGGUUUUGCCGUUUGGCAAGCCAGCCUGGGCGCCAUGGUUCGGCGAGCCGAUGCCGCCGACAAUGCGCGAUACGGCGGUCCCAGCACUACCCCAGCAGCUGACAUUGCACAUAGUGCCGCACUCGCACUCGGACAUCGGGUGGAACCUGAGUUUCCGGCAGUACUACGACAAGUCAGUGCACCAGGUAAUGCGGUCGGUGGUCCAGGAGCUGUUUGCAGACAACAAGCGGCGGUUUAUCUGGGGAGACCUGGCGUUCGUAGACAUGUGGAUGGACGAGGAGGGCGACCAGCGCAGCACAGUGGGGAAUCUGACGUGGCGGCAGGCACUGGGGGAGCUGGUGAGGCGUGGGCAGUGGGAGUUUGUGGGCGGGACGUAUGUCAGCCCGGACGAGGGCCUGGCGACGUGGUGGGCGCACAAUAGCAUCGUGGAUGUGGGGCGGCGGGCGCUCCAGCAGCAGCUGAACGCCAGCGCCAGCAUCGGCUGGCAGAUCGACAAUUUCGGGCACAUGCAGAGCAUGGCAUAUCUGCUGGCGGGCUUUGGGUACCGGAAGCUGGUGAUGGGCCGGAUGGCGUACCGCGACCAGUACGAGUUUGCCAGAAACGCCGGGCUGCAGUUCCUGUGGCGGUCGGAAAGGCAUCCGGAGCAGCCGGCGGUGCUGACGCAUUUCCUGUCGGUGCAUUAUGCGGCGCCCAGCAGCAACUUUGACUUUGACAACACCGAGGAAUGCAAUGUGGUGGAACUAGCCGAGGAGCUGCGGAGGUUCGCAAUGCGGCAGGUUAGACAGUAUCCGGGCCACGGUCACGUGCUGGUGAUGAUGGGCGACGACUUCCGGUACGUGCGUGCAGCGCGGGCAUUCCAGUGCCUGGACAAACUGCUGGCAUACAUUGGCAGCACCGAGCGGGGAGCGUGGCAGGCGAUCAAUGCGCAGUACUCAACCAUGACCGAGUAUUUUGCAGCAAUCGACCCGCACUUGCAGAGGGAGCGCGGGCAGCUGCAGGAGUUCUCGGGCGACAUGUAUCCGUACCAGGACAAGCCGUACGAGCAGUACUGGAGCGGCAUGCUGACCACCCGGCCGUAUCUGAAAUGGCUGGUGCGCGACACCGAGCAGAUUGUGCAGCACGCAGAGGUGCUGCUGGCGAUGGCGCGGCUGCGCAAUGCCUUGAGCGACGCGUGGAUGGAGCUGGAGCAGCAGAUGGAGUUUGCCCGCAAGCAGGUGGCCAUUGGAUACCACCACGACGCGAUCACAGGCACGUGCACCGACGCAGCCUUCCAUGACUACGUCAGCCGGCUGAAGCGCGCGGCCCGCGUAGCAUUGCUGGCCGGCCAACACGCGCUGGCACUUGCCAGCGGCCAGGAUCUCCAAGCAAAGACCGUAAGAGAGUCGCUGAUGGCGGCUCGCUCCAAGCAGACCGAGCCGGUGGCGUACAAUACGGCGGCGCGGCGGGCGCAAGAACUCGAUGCGCUGGGCGAGUCGCGGCAGCGCGCGUUGCUGGAGGUGCCGCGCCGAGUCUGCUCGGAUGCGGGCUGCAUGCAGCAAAUCACAGUGACCAACGCCAAUGCGCUGGAGCCGCAGGACUCGGUGGUGCGGCUGCUGGUGCAUACGCGCAAAAUUGCAGUGGUGGAUGACGCAGGUCGGCCGGUGGCAGUGGAGGUAGUCGCCAAUGACGCGCGCGACGCGUUCGUGGCAGAGUUUGUUGCGCGCAAUGUGCCGGCGUUUGGCCUGCGCAGCUACAUGCUGACUGGCGGGUCCGCGGUUUCUGGCGAGCGGGCGGAGCCGCAGCGGCAUCUGCAUGCGGCGGUGCUGGACAAGGGCAAUGUGCGGGUGCGGUUGGCGGCAACUCGUGACCGUCGCAUCCGCAUCGCGGUCAUGCAAGACGGGGUGGAGCAUGUGGUAGUGCAUGGGCUGCGCGAGUACUUUGCCAAUCCACAUGUGCAGGCGUCGGGUGCAUACAUCAUGCAUUCGUUUAUGCUGAUGUAUGCGCUGGUCUUUUAUGUGGCUGGCGGCUGUCUGAGCGCGGGCCUGGCGGUUGCAGUGCUAAUCAACAGCGACUGGCUAGCUGACUCGCGGCUCGCCGGCCUAGUGCCGCAAACGGUGCGAGUCCCUGGAUUGUUUGCGGCGAAUGCCACUGCCAAGUCUCCGCAGAUGCCGUAUGGGUCGGGCAGCCGGUCGCCGACCGCCGUCGCAUCGUCGCCGGAGCCCUAUGAUCGGCUGGUUAGCUGGCGCAGCGACGAAGGCACGGUGGAGCCCGAGGACCCGCCCAAGGGAAGGCUGGUGCGGGCACUGCCCAUGGCACUGGGCGGUGUACUGGGCCUGUGGUUUACGUAUUUUGCCGCGCAGGUAUGCAGCAUUUCGCUGCUGACGCAGUGGACGCAGGGAGAGCGGCUCGUGUGGCUAGUAGCCCCUGCAUUCCUGGUCGGGUACCUGCUGGCAGGCGUGCAGCGGUGGCAGAUACGCCAGUGCAUACUCUGCAUAUACGGCGUGGCAUUGGCUACAGUGCUGGCAAUGUUCCUGCGGCCUGCAUGGCACUCGCGCCCGCUGGCUGCGCAAAAUCUGGAGUUUGAGCUGCACCGCGGAAAGCUCUGCGACACCGCCUACGUGCAGGUGGAUGAGCGCACGCGGCUGUCGUAUCGUUUGUGUGGCGACUCGCCGAUGCUGCAGAGCACCGCGGUGCUGACGGCUAAGGAUAACCGCGAGGUUAUCGCGCAGUUUGAGCUGCAGGGCGCCGGGCCCCUGGACGAUCUGCUGGGGUGCCGGUUCGAGACGUACGAUGGCGUGGACGUGGUCAUGCGCCGGUACCGCCGGUUCGCGCCGAUCCCCGGCAACUACUACCCGGCGGUGUCGCAUGUAGGGCUGCCCGGCAGACUGGCUCUGCAUGCGCGGCAGGCGAUGGGCGUCACGUGCCCUUCCCCCAAUACGCUGGAGACCAUGCUGCACCGCAGCAUGACCGGCAACGACUUCCGUGGCAUGUCGGUGCCCCUGACUGACCACACACCAGCAGCUGUUUCGCAUUUCCUGGACCUGCAGCCAGACAUGGCAGCCAGGCGCAAUGUGCUGCUGAAUUCCCCCAUGCUGGUGUUUCUGUCGCCGGCCAGAACAGAGCAGCAGCGGCUGGCACUUGGUAUGCUUGCCCCACUGGCGUCGGCGGUGGAGGGCCUGAGGAUGGUGGGGGUGAGGGCGGAGCUGCAAACAGGUAGCCUCGAUGUGCUUGUGAGACUGCAGGCCAUUGCAGGGUAUACGGUUGAUGUGCCGGCGAGUAUUCUGGCCAAUGCCACUGGUGUUUUGCGUGUUUACGGUGACUGGGCAUUGGCCGGUGCAGCCGGGAAAAGACAGGAAAUGGUUGACCGGAUUGUGCUUGCCAGCGGCCAGCAGGCCUUGUUCCGGUUCGUGCUAAAGCGCUAGGUAGGCUGCAACAACAAGCCACCUGUAGCUGCUCCUGUAUCCGGAAAUGCGCGCACUAGUUGGCUCUUGCUAUUCAGGGCGAUUGUUCAAAGCGAGCGGCGCAUUUGCCAAACACGACGCUGUAGCAAAACGCUUAAUGCA